CCCAGCGAAUCACCCAGCACCCCCCGGCUUUCUCUCUCCCCUUAUGCAUUCUGCGGCGCUCGCCUUCCAUAUUAAUUUUUAUGACCUGGGAUGUUGCAUGUGCCUUGUGUUGUGCGCGUGUCUCUCCCCCUCUCCUUUUUCAGGGUCUCUUUCUUGCCAUGCUGGGGAUGUGUUAAUGGCACAGAGGCGUGCGGAGGGAGGGCGAUCCCCUGUUGACAGUAAUGUGUGCCUUCUAUUUGAAAUUGCAGAGCAAUAUAUUCGGCGGUCUGGAUGAGAGUUUGCUGGCCCGCGCUGAAGCCCUGGCGGCGGUGGAUAUAGUUUCCCAGACCAAGAGCCACCAUCAUCAUCCGCCUCACCACAGCCCCUUCAAGCCGGACGCUACUUACCACACUAUGAACACCAUCCCUUGCACCUCUGCUGCCUCCUCCUCGUCUGUGCCCAUUUCCCACCCGUCAGCCAUAUCCGGCACUCACCACCACCACCACCAUCACCACCACCACCACCAUCAGCCUCACCAGGCUUUGGAAGGGGAGCUUUUAGACCACAUCACUCCAGGGCUGGCGCUGGGGGCCAUGACCGGACCAGACGGCUCGGUGGUCUCCACGCCAGCCCAUGCUCCGCACAUGGCCAGCAUGAACCCUAUGCACCAGGCGGCUCUAAGCAUGGCCCAUGCCCACGGGCUGCCCUCUCACAUGGGCUGCAUGAGCGACGUGGACGCAGAUCCCCGGGAUUUAGAAGCUUUUGCGGAAAGAUUCAAGCAAAGGAGGAUCAAGCUCGGAGUGACCCAGGCAGAUGUAGGAUCUGCUUUGGCCAACUUAAAAAUCCCCGGGGUAGGCUCGCUGAGCCAAAGCACCAUCUGCAGGUUUGAGUCCCUUACGUUGUCCCACAAUAACAUGAUCGCCCUCAAACCCAUCUUGCAAGCCUGGCUAGAAGAAGCAGAGAAAUCUCACCGCGAAAAGCUCACCAAACCAGAGCUCUUCAACGGAGCUGAGAAGAAGAGAAAGCGCACCUCUAUCGCUGCACCUGAGAAGAGGUCCUUGGAAGCCUAUUUUGCCAUCCAGCCACGUCCUUCCUCGGAAAAAAUAGCGGCCAUCGCAGAGAAACUGGACCUCAAGAAGAACGUGGUCCGGGUCUGGUUCUGUAAUCAGAGACAGAAACAGAAACGAAUGAAAUAUUCCGCUGGGAUUUAAAAGUCUGGGGGAGUUUUUUUUAAAUAAAAUCGGCAACAAGACACACUUUAAUAUUUCUCUAUAGUAAGAGAGACAGAGAGACAGAUAAAAAGACAGACAAGUAAAGAGAACACAGAGACUGUCAAACAAAAAGUAAACCGUCAAGUUUAGGGAAGUUCCCGUUGGAGAAAACCGCUGCUUCUUCAGAAUGAUUCAGUAUCAAAGAGAGACUGAUUUUUUGAAGGCAGAUAAGAAAUUCUUUUUAAAGGACCGAAGACGUAUCAAGUAAGAUUUGUUUUUAUUCUUAAAGACAUCACGUGUUCAAAUUUAAAAGUACACUUUGCAACUAUUUUUCAGAAAAUAAAUUGACUCGAAACGGAAACUUUAAUCUAGAGUUGAGGCUUAUACCAUGAUUUGAGAGACAUCUCAAAAGUAUUUUGAUUUUAAAAAAAGAUGGCAGGUUUUUCUGCAUUUACACUACGUAUUAUAAAUAUAUAUAUUUUUACUGUGGUUAUUCUCUUUUCCUUCG